AUGUCUGCAACUGCUAAAAGUUAUGAAUUUCAAGCUGAGACCACUCAGCUUCUUAAUUUAAUGAUAAAUUCUUUGUAUACACACAAAGAUAUUUUUUUAAGAGAAUUGAUUUCAAAUGCCUCGGACGCAUUGGACAGGCUCAGAUUUGAAUCAUUGACCGAUUCAAAAAUUCUCUUUGAUUCUGAAAAACUCGAAAUUCUGAUUCAAACCGACGCUGAAAAUCACACUUUAACCAUUAGCGAUAACGGAAUCGGAAUGAGCCAAGAUGAAAUCAUAAAUAAUAUCGGCACUAUUGCAAAAUCCGGGACAUCCGAAUUGCGCGAUGAAAUCGGAAAAGCCGAUUACCAAGAACAAGUUUUCAAAUUGAUCGGACAAUUCGGGGUUGGAUUUUAUUCGGCUUUUAUGGUUGCCGAUAAAGUA